AUGCGUUUCUCCCAUAAUGUCGCUUUGGUUGCCGCCACCCUGAUGGGGAGUGCCGCCACUGCCGACGAGUGCCCUACUUUGCCCAUCGAAGGACCUUUUGCCCUCACUAUCGUUAUGAAGGACAGCACAGAGACGUAUGCAACUAAUAUCGCGUACGCGUCUCGUGGCGUUCCAGAUCUGAAUCCCGCCACAACUUCCAAUCAAACGUUCACUUGGAAUGUAGAUGAAAGUCGGGUUAUCAUGGGCGGCAGGUCCUUUUAUAAGUCUGGCAAAAUCAGUAAAGGGUCCGUAUUCUUCUUCUGGUCCGAGGGUUCUAUGCCAGACGACGGAGAGUGGCUCCUUGAGCAAACCGUAUCUGACUGCGCUGUAUACCUCGUCAAAGAGGGCAGCACCAAGGAAGAGGGCGUAUUUCAAUGGCAGAGCACUCCACCGCAGAGCUCGCUCUCUCCAAUCUCAUGGUUGGGCUCCGUGGCGGAGGCAAACGCCGCUAUUCGUGUGGAUGUUACCAAGUCUUGA